CGGCGCUCGAUUAGCCAGACCUGGAGGGGGCGCGGCGCUGGCGGGGGGGGGGGUCCUCGCGCCGGAGGCCUCCCUCAGAGCCGGGCUGAGUCUGAAGGGCUGGGACCCGGCUCAGGGGCUGAGCCCCCUGGGCUCGCUCCGGCCGGGAGCCCCGCGGGCCCCUGUGUGACCCUGGGCGAGUCGCUUCCCGCCCUGCCAGUCCCGACACGGUCAGCGCGGGUCCGCCAGGCUGCCGAGCCCGAGCCCGCCGAGCCCGGGGCUGUUCGCUUAUCUCGCUGGCGACGGGGUUAAGCCCAGCCCCGCAGUGCCGCUCUCGGGCCGCGGCAAGAGGGGGCCCGGGGUGCGGGCUCGCCUCAGGAGGAGGGCCGGGGUACGAGCCGCGGGAGGGGGAGCUGUCUACGGGAACAGCCCGGACGCGCGUGGGGACGCCCGGCCCGGCCCGGCCCGGGAGUGUCCCAUUGCUCCCAGUGGCCUGAUCCGACCCUCCGGCGUGCAGCGGUUUCCAGGCGCGGGCCCUGGGGCAGGAAAGCCUUUCCGGGGGGGCUGUGUCGCCGUGGCUGGCGUUCGGUAGCGUGGUCCCUCCGGCCGGCCGGCGUUUGAGGAGCCGCGAAAGGGCCUAGCAGGGUAGGAGCCGACCGCAAGUCCAACAAACCUCCAUCCCAGUCGGGGCUCCAUUGUGCUAGGCGUUAUAUAAACACAUAACAAAAAGAUGUUCCAGCCCCCAAUAACUUACAGUCCCAAGUAAAAGACAAGCGACAACAGGUGGAUACAACAAAUAAACAGAACACAAGGACUCAGGAUGGACUUUUUGGCUCUCUUCAUAAUUUAUCUGCUGUUAGUUCUGGCUAGUGUUGUUCUAGUCUGCAUCUAUUCAGGAAGGAAACAGAGUUUUCCUGCAAGAGGCCUCAGUUGCAUAACUCAGGUAUCUUCAUUUGUAAUCCCAACAUGGCUUCAAAGAGCAGCACAGAGGGUGCUUCACAGGCUCUUCCACACACGAAGUUGCCUGUUCGUUGUCCUGCAUUUAGCCUUACAAGUGGCAGUUUAUGGUGAAUACACUUGGGAAGUAUUUGGCUACUGCCAACAGCUAGAGUUCAGUAUUCAUUACCUUCUGCUGCCGUAUUUGUUGUUGGCUGUGAAUAUGGGGUUCUUCAUUCUGUGCUCUGUGACCAACCCUGGUACAAUAACACAAUCAAAUCAGGAGUCCUUUCUAAAGGCUUAUGGAUACGAUGGAGUAAUGUUUCAGAAAAGCACCCUGUGUCCUACGUGCAACGUGGAAAAGCCAGCCAGAUCUAAACACUGCAGUGUAUGUAACAACUGUGUACAUCGUUUUGAUCACCACUGUGUUUGGGUCAACAACUGCAUUGGUGCCUUCAAUAUAAGAUAUUUUCUUGUUUACCUCUUCACUCUGACUGCCAUGGCUGCAAACCUUGCAAUCAUAACAGCAGCAUUUCUAACCAAGGUAGUGCUGCUAUCAAAUAUGAUGCUUGGAAGUUACAUUGAUGAUCAGGGACAAGAGCAUGCAGUUGAGAUUCUCUUUCUUAUUCAGCACCUGUUCCUGACGUUUCCUAGAAUUGUCUUCAUGCUUGGUUUUGUUAUUGUCCUCUCUCUGGUGCUGGGGGCAUAUUGCUGUUUCACUCUGUAUCUGGUCCUGACUAACCAAACAUCCAAUGAAUGGUAUAAAUCUAGAAGAUAUGAAUGUUCUUGCUGUAAGGCGUUGCAGCCCCAUGACAGGCAUAUUGUUUACAGAAAUGUUUAUUCUCAAGGAGUUUGGGUCAAUUUAAAGGAAAUCUUUAAACCUCCUACAAGUUCAGAAAAAAAGAAAAAAACAUGAGGAAAUAGUUACGUAUUUUUUAAUCUAUAUUUACUUUUUAAACUUUUCCUGAAGGAUUUAACUCCAAGAAGAGCUUUUUGCCAGCACCAAGGACUCUUGAAAUGAUACUGUGCUUUUCAUUAAGUGCUGUAGCUAAAGAGUUAUUUUCCUAAAUGACUCGAUUGUAAAAUAUAUUUUUAUAAAGCUGA